GGCGGUCUAUCUUCACGCAAUCCGAGGCGCGAGUGCAAACCUUGAGGGCGUAUCGCGUUUGGUUGUAGUAAAUAUAACCUCAACCGUGUAUAUUGGUGGUAUUUGUUUGCAAUACAUUUUCUUUUCGAUAUGACUAAGUCGUGCGCGGUGCCGAACUGCAAAACGGGAUAUAAAAGUAUAAAACAAAAGUGCUCCGUUUUUAAAGUGCCAAGAAACGUUGAACAAUUUAAAAAAUGGCAAGUAGCAAUCUCUGGCAUUGAAUUGAAGCAAUCGCAAUUCGUUUGCGAGAAGCACUUUGAAGAACAAUACAUUCUAAGAAAAUGGAUAAAACGCGACUGCGAUGGUCGAAUUAUUGCUCAAGUUCCCUAUGUGCAUCCAAAGCUAGCCAAGUCAGCAGUUCCAACAGUAUUCGACAGCCCUACUGAGAUGGAACAAGGUGUCUCAAAAUUUCAAGAAUCUCAGUUGCAGGAUAAGCUUGUCGAGCACAAGGUUGAUUCGCCGCAAGAGUCCAUUCAAUGUAAGGUUCUUCCGCCGAAGGAGAUUGUUGGUAUCACAUCAACUGUGCAAAAUUAUGCAGUAGUAGUAGUAGAUUCAGUGCCUACAAUGCCUACAGUGUCCACAGUGUGUGAUAGAAAUUUCGAUAUUUCAAACAUCACAAUCAACAAUCGUAUUAGUAAAGUGGCUACGACUAGUGAAAACGAUUCUAUCACCGUACCAAAAUCGUGGGCUGUUACGGAAUACAAUGAAGAAGGAGGACAAAGCGUAGUCUUCUCACGUCUCGUAAAGAUGUGUAGAAAUAGUAUGCAAAUACCAGUACUAGAAAAAAGUAUUAUAGUUAAGACUGAUAAAAUACUUCACUACUACGUUCAUGGGCGUCCCGUGGAUCCAGAGAGAUGUCAACUCCCUCCAGUUUUGGAAGACAUUACAUUGCUGCUGAACACUUUGGAAAGAUUCAAAAACAUGAAUGUUUGUAAUGGUCUAGGUGCUAUCAACGUUCAUCAUUUGUCGGUUGAUACUGCGUUUAAAGACUAUGUUGAACGAUGGCACGACAACAACUGUACGAUGAUCUCGAAACGGAAAAGAUGUGAUAGCUGCAUAAAGAAGAAGAAACAAAUAAUGCAGAGGGAAGCGAGAUUGAAGAAAACUCAAACAUUAAAGCGUAUACGCCGAAUGUCAAAUCCCAUCGAUCAAAAGAAGCUCAUGACUUUACAGAAGAAGUAUGUUUGUGAAAGGCGCGAAAAAAACAAAAUCAAGCAAUGCAUACAAUUAAUAACUCAAUCGUUGAAAGAAAAGGCCGACUAAAUCUCUUCUAUUCAUGCCGAUAUGUUGGACGAAAAGUGUGCAAAAUUGGACCUCUCAACUGCGCAACAGACAGAGCUCAGAGAAAUCAUCUCUGCUGCAUCGAAGAAAGGUACGAAGAAUCGUCGUUACUCAGAUGAAUGGAUAAUGCUAUGCAUUUUGAUGAACAUACGUUCACCGGGUGUUUACGAGUUUCUUCGGAAAAACAAUGUUUUACCACUACCCUAGUAGGAGAACAAUUCACAAUUACUUCUUACUCAUAGAAAUGAACUACUUCGACAAACAGUUUGGGCAAUUAUUGAAAAAGUAUUUAAACGAUAAAUCUCUGCAGCGACAUUAUGUACUUUUAUUGGCUGAAAUAGAUUUGAGAAAGUCUGUGGCAGUCUGCUCAAGGAACUUAAGUUACGUUGAUUUAACGGAAUCGAAAAGUUCGAUUUUAAAUAUAUUUAUUAACUGGAAAAGUCAACCAAGAUAAGUUGGAGGUAUUUAUACCUUUCAUAGGUAUAUGAAUUGGGUGCAUUACUUGGCUAGAUAUAUACGCCACGGAUUCUCUUCUCGUUACAGGAACUGAAGAAUAUUUACGGGUCGAAAUCUGAGGAAAAAAGUGCUACGUAUCCUCAACACGUUCAGAAAAAAUUAAAUGAGAUUGUACAACCACACGACGAUUGGGAAGCGGAUAACAUUAUAGAACAUAAUAAUCACGAUCAUGAUUAUGCUUUCUCCGAGACUCUCGAUUGUAAAAUACAUACAAUAAAAUACAAUAUGUCAGGUUUUUUUAUUUUAAUAUUAACUUUUUUCUGAAAUUGCUUGAAAUCUUAACAAUCUGUUGAUAUGCGCCUUAUAACAACUGUAUUCUCUAACAAUACUAACUAUACUAACUACUAACUAGUAAAGAGAAAAUUGUCAAGACUGACUAUACAUUAAAAAUUACGUUAUCAUU